UGUAUGGGAUGUUAGGCUAUUAUAAGAGAGACACUUAAAGAAAUUAAAUAAAGCAGAAGUGAAAUUUUGAUUGAAGAUGCUUUGAGUACAGUUUGUGACAAGGAAUUCAUAGGUUAUGCAUAUAUAAGUAGAACAGUUCAAUCUGGAUGUAAUGUAUUUAUAGGAGGUUGGAGAGACAAAUUAUCUGAAUAUCUAAUGGAAAGAGAAUCAAAUGAAACAAUUGAAGAUUAAUUUUGUGUAGAAUAUACAAAGGCUUGUUUUGAAAUCAAUCCAUUAGAAGUAUAAGAAUAUAGAAAGAAAAUGCAUUAAUAAAAAUAACCUGUUUACAUGGAUGGAUAAUAUUUUAUGCCUGAUGAGAAUGGAUAUGUGGAUAAAACAAGAGAUUUGGUUGAAUUGUGAGU